AUGCAUGGAGGCCUUUCUCCUGAUUUGCAGAGUUUGGAUCAGAUUAGAAACUUACUACGCCCAACUGAUGUUCCAGAUACUGGUCUGCUCUGUGAUCUCCUCUGGUCAGAUCCUAGUAAAGAUGUUCAUGGUUGGGGGAUGAAUGACCGCGGUGUUUCAUAUACUUUUGGCCCUGACAAGGUGACAGAAUUCCUUCAGAAGCAUGAUUUGGAUCUUAUAUGCCGUGCUCACCAGGUUGUAGAGGAUGGGUACGAGUUCUUUGCAAACCGACAACUUGUAACUGUAUUUUCGGCACCAAAUUACUGUGGGGAGUUUGACAAUGCUGGUGCCAUGAUGAGUGUAGAUGAAACUUUGAUGUGCUCCUUCCAAAUAUUGAAACCUGCGGAGAAAAAGUCAAAGUUUAACUUUGGGGGUACGAAUACUGCUAAGCUUGGAAAUUCUGUCUCAGGGGUCAAUCUGUUUGGGAGUACAGCCACAGCUAAACCUGGAAACUUACCAGCUGGUGUUAAGGUAAAUAAACCGGAAUAAUUCAUGAAUAAAUGGUUAGUGUUCAGUUAAUAUUAAAAGGUCAUACUAUUAAGUUUCUAUUAUCUCCUAGAUAUGUUGUGAUAUGUGUGCUGCUUCAUCCGUUACCCAACUGCCUAAAUGAUAUUGUUUGGUUUGAGUGUAGGAUGUUAUAUUCGUGUUAACCAUCUUGUGCGUGGAUCUAUUAAUGCUGACAGGAUCGUAGAUCUCUCCUUAUGAGUAGUUCUUAUUCUGUAGCAGUGCUAUUUAAGCGGAAGGCACACCUGGGCGCAAAGUUCUCCUGGGACCUAGGUGCGAGGCGAGGCGAGGCGUGAACUUCAUUGAAACGAGGAACAUGGUGGAUAUAAUAUGUCAAAACUAUAAAGUAUGUCAUAAAUAUCACAGAAUGCAAUAAGUUUUAGAAAAUUUCAAGAAAAUCCAUUAUAUUUUCUUAAAACAAAGGCUAAAUUAGCAAGUAUUAAGAGCUUAUUGAACCAAAAAAGUAAAAGUUGAUUUUUCUAAAUUUGGACUAGAUUCACUAAAACAAAAGGAAAGAAAAAAUAUAUAUAUAUAUAUAUAUAUAUAUAUAUAGA